CACUACAAUUUUUAGAGGUCCCAGCUCCCAACACAUCUCAUGCAAUUUUUGCUAGGCAUCAUCUCUUGUCCAAACCUCUGCGCACUAUCAACUCUCUCUCUCUCUCUCUCAAAAUUUUCUCUCUCAUGUUUCCGUUAAUUUCUGUCUGUCACGGUCCAACUUGCAGAGAGGCUAGGGUCUAAGUGGAUUCACCCUUUCAGUCUCUUCUGUCUCUCUCUUCACGUGGUUGCUAAAAGCCUAAAACAAUGGAAUGAAUGAUCAUUUUCCCCAUUCAUUUAACAAUCCUCUGCAAACCCUAAUAUUCAUAAUCCCUACUGUCACUUCCUCUACUAUCUCAUUUCCGAAUUGCAAUUUAUCCGCUGACUUUCUCUUUCAAAUUCUGUUUCUUUCAAUUUCUUUUAUUGCAUUGGAUCACAUUGCAUUGCCAAAUGCAAUUCUGAUACGAAGAACUCUGUCUACGUCGAUAUAAUUCUCUCUCUUAACAAUUUAAUUGUAAUAUUUUGUUUGUGUAAUUGAAUUGGCGCUUCUUACGAGAUUGGGUGUGAAUUGUAGCAAUUCAAUCUGGAGGGUGGUUUAUUGAACCAACGUUUUGGAUCCGAUUGGGGGAGAAACAGCGCCAUUAGAUGGCGCUGUUCAGAAGGUUCUUUUAUCGGAAGCCGCCGGAUCGGCUUCUUGAGAUCUCCGAGAGAGUAUACGUGUUUGAUUGUUGCUUCUCCACUGGCAUAUUGUUAGAACAUGAGUACAAAAUGUACAUGAAUGGCAUUGUAGCUCAGCUACAAGAUCACUAUCCAGAUGCUUCUUUCAUGGUUUUUAACUUCAGAGAAGGGGAGCGGAAGAGCCAAAUUUCAGAUAUAUUAUCUCAGUAUGACAUGACAGUGAUGGAUUACCCUCGGCAAUAUGAGGGGUGUCCUUUGUUACCAUUGGAGAUGAUCCACCACUUCCUGCGAUCCAGUGACAGCUGGUCAUCAUUGCAGGGGCAACAAAAUGUGCUGCUGAUGCAUUGUGAAAAGGGAGGAUGGCCUGUGCUCGCAUUCAUGCUUGCAGGCCUUCUGUUAUACCGAAAACAGUACAGUGGUGAACAAAAAACUCUUGAAAUGGUAUACAAGCAAGCUCCUAGGGAACUUCUUUAUCUUUUGUCUCCUUUAAAUCCACAGCCUUCCCAGCUGAGAUAUCUUCAGUACAUUUCCAGAAGGAAUUCUUUGGGUUCAGAUUGGCCGCCAUCAAGUACACCCUUAGCUUUGGACUGUAUCAUACUCAGAGUCGUACCUUUGUUUGAUGGGGGAAAGGGUUGUCGACCAGUAGUUCGUGUUUAUGGUCAGGAUCCUUCUUCAACGACAGCUAAUAGAAGUUCAAAGCUUUUGUUUUCAACCUCAAAGAUGAAAAAACAUCCUCGCCACUACCGACAGGAAGAGUGUGCACUGAUUAAACUAGAUAUUCAUCGCCGUAUCCAAGGAGAUGUUGUUCUUGAGUGCAUCCAUUUGGGUGAUGACCUGCAAAAGGAGGAAAUGAUGUUCAGAGUUAUGUUCCACACAGCAUUUGUCAGGUCAAAUGUGUUGAUGUUGAACCGUGAUGAAGUUGAUGUCUUGUGGGAUGCAAAGGACCAAUUUCCAAAAGACUUCAAAGCAGAGGUACUCUUUUCGGAUGCUGAUGCAGUUCCAUCUAUUAUCACCACAGAAGUAGCAAGUGAAGAUGAGAAUGAGGCGGAAGUAGCAUCACCUGAAGAGUUCUUUGAGGUCGAAGAGAUCUUCAGCAAUGUAGUAGACGGACAUGAUGGAAAGGGAAGCUUGGGUGCUCAUAUAGUUCAAGACAGCACGCUAGAUGACGAGAAUCACAAAGUGGUUUGGAAAGAGGAAAUGGAAACUCACGCAUUUCAAGACUGUGCAUCUGAUGACGGGAAUCACAAACAGGAUGGGAAGAUAGAUUCUAACUUUCAUGCUGGAAAAGCCAUUGCUCUAAAUGAUAGAAGGCGUGAGUUAGGCUCUACGGUAGUGGUUGCUGAUUUGCCCAACAAUAUAGAAACCAAGGUAAUAGCUGCAAAUGUCGGUGGCAAGUCGGAAGAGAAGAAGAAUAGCCAAGUUAGGGAAGAAAAUGAUAUGCAGAAGAACUUAAAAAGGCAGGAUUCACAGCAGAAGUUGAGUGCUGAUCUUUGCAGACAACCACAAUCCUUCAGUGCAGAACCAGCUGCAGAUUUAGUUGAUGCAAAUCAAAAUAUUAAGCAGCAAGAACCUCAGGAUAUGGUUGUAAGACAGGCAAAGCCAAAUGCAGAUUCUCAGUCAAUCCCUCCUAAGAAUGUCUCUCACACUGAUUCAAUGCAUGUAUCAUAUCUGCAGUCGAGAUAUAACAGUGAACCAGCUGCACAAGCCCUUGUAAAGGAUUCUCAUGAGGAUGGAAAAUUAAAGUCUCCUGCUAAUGCUGCUGGACCUGUGGUUCCAACUAAUUACAUCCCUAAAACUAUAAGUCAUAAAGUUGAUCCCACAAAGAGCGCAGAGGUUGCACCAAUAAAACACACUUCUUUUCCACCGUCUUCAGAUGAACUCCUACUUCAAGGGACUUGCACUCCCUCUUCGACUACACCAGCACCAUUUCCUGGCCCACGUCAAGUUGCCCCUCCUCCUCCUCCUCCUCCUCCAUCUUUUAACAAAACUUCAAAUUCUCUUCCUCUACAAAGUCAUGUGACAAUUCUGCAUGAUGUAGAAACUCCGGCAUCCCGACCUUUAAUACCUCCCCCUCCCCCUGUACCUCCUCCUCCUAGCUCUUUGUUGUGUACUUUUACCUCCAAAUCUUCUUUUCCACCUGACCACACCAUGCAAGUGGAAGAAACUAGUUUUUCCCUUCCUCCUCCACCUCCACCUCCAUCUCCACCUCCACUAGCAAAUUCUCAAGGAAACAAUCCCCCUCCACAUGCCACUCAAUGCAGUGUGCAGAAUUUUGGUAAGGUUCUGCCUCCUCCGCCUGCACCACCCCCUUGGAAAGUUGGGACUUCUGAAACUGUUCCUGUGAUGGUAUCAGGCUAUCCACCUCCUCCGCCGCCACCCCCUCCUCCUUUUUAUGCAUCCGCUAUAUCAAAACCUGCUGGAGUUGGAGUUUCUACUCCACCUCAACCUUCACCUCCUCCCCCUCCCCCUCCUUUGCAAUCACAUCCUACCAUGCAUGGAGUCGGAGUUUCUACUCCACCUCCACCUCGACCUUCCCCUCCACUUCCACCACCUCCUCCUCCCCCUCCGCCAACUUUGCAAUCACUUCCUACCAUGCAUGGAGUUGGAGUUUCUACUCCACCUCCACCUCCACCUCCACCACCUCCUCCUCCCCCUCCGCCAACUUUGCAAUCACAUCCUACCAUGCACGGAGUUGGAGUUUCUACUCCACCUCCACCUCCACCUCCACCUCCACCUCCACCACCUAACCCUCCCCCUCCCCCUCCCCCUCCCCCUCCUCUGCAAUCACAUCCUACCAUGCAUGGAGUUGGAGUUUCUACGCCACCUCUACCUCCUCCCCCUCCACCUCCUUUGCAAUCACAUCCUACCAUGCAUGGAGUUCCUCCUCCUCCCCUUCCACAUGGCACUCCACUCCCACCUCCCCCACCCGCUCCUCCACAUGGUGCUCCAACGCCACCGCCCCCACCCCCUCCUCCACAUGGUGCUCCAACGCCGCCACCCCCACCUCUUCUAUCUAGAGCCCCACCCCCGCCGCCCCCGCCUCUUCUAUCUAGAGCCCCACCCCCGCCACCUCCUCCGACAAGUGGAGCCCCACCUCCCCCUCCUCCUCCGACAUGUGGAACCCCGCCUCCCCCACCUCCUCCAACAGGUGGAACCCCGCCUCCCCCCCCUCCUCCGAUGCAUGGAGUGCCGCCUCCACCACCUCCAAUGCGUGGAGCCCCACCUCCACCGCCGCCUCCAGCGGUUGGAGGCCCACCUCCACCACCUCCUCCUGGAGCUCGGGCUCCUGGCCCUCCUCCACCUCCUGGAGCACCCAGACCUCCAGGUGGUGCACCUCCACCGCCUCCAGCUUUUGGUGCCAAAGGACCAGCAACAGAUGCGAGAGGUUUGUCUUCAGCAAGAGGGCGUGGGAUUUCACGUCCGGGAGGGAUGUCACCUGCUUCAGCGUCUCGAAGAUCUACUUUAAAGCCACUGCACUGGAGCAAGGUAACCAGGGCAUUGCAAGGAAGCUUGUGGGAAGAAUUGCAAAGACAUGGAGAGCAGCCUCACAUUGCGGCAGAAUUUGAUGUGUCAGAACUUGAAACUCUUUUCUCUGCCACAGUCGCAAAGUCGAACAGCUCAGGAGGUAAAUCUGGAGGGCGGAAGUCUGCUGGAUCUAAAACUGACAAAGUCCACCUGGUUGACCUCAGGAGGGCCAAUAAUACUGAAAUUAUGCUUACAAAAGUUAAGAUGCCUCUUCCUGAUAUGAUGGCUGCGGCACUAGCUAUGGAUGGGUCAAUUUUAGAUGCUGAUCAAGUUGAAAAUCUUAUAAAAUUUUGUCCUACUAAAGAAGAGAUGGAACUUCUUAAGGGUUACACUGGUGACAAGGAGAAACUGGGGAAGUGUGAACAGUUCUUUUUGGAGCUGAUGAAGGUGCCUCGUGUGGAGUCUAAAUUAAGAGUUUUUCUUUUCAAAAUUCAGUUUAAUACCCAGGUUGGGUAUCUACUUCAUGUGACUUUGACAUCAGAUUUUAAAAAGAGUUUGAACACUGUAAACUCUGCAUGUGAAGAGGUUCGGAAUUCCCUCAAAUUGAAGGAAAUUAUGAAGAAAAUUUUAUAUCUGGGAAAUACAUUAAAUCAAGGAACUGCAAGGGGUUCUGCAGUCGGAUUUAAGUUGGACAGUCUUCUAAAACUCACUGAUACACGUGCUUCCAAUAGCAAGAUGACACUUAUGCAUUAUCUUUGCAAGGUCCUUGCCUCGAAGGCACCAACUCUUUUAGACUUCCAUGAGGAUCUUGUUAGUCUGGAAGCUGCAACAAAGAUACAAUUGAAGUCUUUGGCAGAAGAAAUGCAAGCUAUUAUCAAGGGAUUGGAAAAGGUAAAGCAGGAGUUGGUUGGAUCAGAAAAUGAUGGCCCUGUAUCUGAAAUUUUUCGUAAGACGUUGAAGGAAUUCGUUGGUGUUGCUGAGACAGAGGUGGCCUCUGUAACAAAUUUGUACUCUGUGGUGGGUAGAAAUGCAGAUGCUCUAGCCCUAUAUUUUGGCGAGGACCCUGCCCGUUGCCCAUUUGAACAAGUUACUGCAACCCUCUCAAACUUCGUGCGGAUGUUCCGUAAAGCGCAUGAUGAGAACUGCAAACAGGCUGAAUUGGAGAAGAAGAAAGCUCAGAAGGAGGUUGAGAUGGAGAAGGCAAAGGGAAUUAAUCUAACAAAGAAGAGUGGGAAAUAGAGGAAAUUGUUUGGGUUAUCCCCUGUAUGGGAAUUGGGUAUUCCAUCUGAGAGGUCUGUUGCAGUGUUGUUUACUGAAUGUUGUACAAAGUUCCACUGCUUCAAAGAUACACGAGAAGUGUCCUCCUCCAAUAUUACAGUGUGAUGCCAUGAUUUUUAGGGGAUUCAACAAGAUGAAUAGAAGGAGAUACUUCUUGAGGCUUGCAGACCUUAAAUUGUCUUUGAAUAGCUCAGCUACAAAUGCAGGGCCCAAUGCCGCCAUUGGACCACUCGAUGAUUGCUGCCAGCUGAUUUUCCGCAUGAGAUAUGACACAGUCAUCUGAUUUUCACAUGGGGCGGUUAUUAUUGUCCUUUUGGUAGCGAUGGUUCUCCACUUCUCCAUAUCAUUUGGCAUUUCAGAGGAGCGGAUCUGGCCCUUUGUUGCCUCAUUUAUAGAAGAAAAUUUUGGUAAUGUCAGGUCAGUUCUUCAACACGAUAGCAGUAGUAUCGGCUUUCGCCAUUCAUUUGGCAUUUCAGCACCAGAGCAGAUGCCCUUGAGACUGUAAACUACAAGCCCCCGAUGUACCAUCAACCAUGUACAAAGCUCUAACCCUGUGCCUACAUUCAAAUUUGAUUCUUUUUUGACUGACACACAAGUUUUUUUCCUUUUUUUUCUUUUUUUCUUUUGUUAUUUUGUGAUUUUCACUGAUCACGAAAUUGUGUAUAGAAAGUCAGGAUAAGUAGAGGAAGUAGGAGACAGGCUCUCUUAGUGCAAAUGUAAUAUAAAUCAAAAAUAGGCUGUGGAUGUAGAAACUACUUGUUUCUUAAAUUUGAUUCUUCUUUAGUUAAAAUAUUCAAUGCCAAACGUUUUCCAUGUC